UGCAGCAGUAACACUAGACUAGUGUGUACAUGUGUAGAAGUUUGGAGUUGGGGACCUAACAAUGUUGUGGACUGGGUUAUUUAAGGGAAAUUGUGGGUGAGAUAUAGAAUUGUGUAUAUUUGUUACCGGCGUCGGUGUGUUAUUGUUAGUGGUAAUUUCGUUUAGGGAUGCGUGACAGCUAGUAGUAGACUCGUUCGGUUAUCUGAUAGCUUGGCACUGCUUAGCCAGCGCGGUGCUUUUGAACGCUAGAAAUAAAUGUAAAUGUCAAGUAAUUACUAAGGGGCCUAUUUUUCCUUUUUUUCCCUAUUAUAUCGGAUCACUUGUACUUGUUGCCGAGUGUUCAAGGAACUUAACGAUAGCUGGAGUUCGGAACUUGUGUCCACAUGGGGCCAACGCGAUAUGUCUCGUAUAGCAUGUGUAACGUAUUACGUUCUAUUUACAACAUCCUGUUCCACAAAAACAUUCAUAAGCGAUAGUAUCUACGUUUCUGUUGAGCUGUUCGGUGGUUUUUCUCAGAGAACAGAAUUAUGAAACCAUAAUUACAUGAUUUUUGUUUGGUACAAAUUUAGUUUGGUUGGUAACAUUUAUAUCCAUUAUUGACGAACUGCGCACUAUCUUCGGACCGUGUAUAGUAUUUUGGUGAUAAAUUUGUUCAGAAGUACAAAGCAAUGACUGUAAACAUGUAGCAAGACUGAAGGAAAUUGUUAGCAGUGGGGUUGUCUCAACUUUUGAAAGAAAAAAUGGUCAAAGUGAUAGCUACUGUCUGCCUUUUGUGUGCUGCAUCUGUGUCACAUGCUGUUCACGUGAGUUCUGUAAAAGGCACGGAUGCACAUGGAAUGGAUUUGGAUGAUAAUAACUUGUAUCAUAUAAAAAAAAUUUUUACCGAGUAUGGUGAUGGAGAGAGUAUAUCGUUGGAAGGCUUUCUUCGCAUGAUGAAUGUAGGAAAGCUUCAACAGCUUGCCAACAACACUGAAACCGGUUCCAACACAAAAAACAAGGCUGGAACUGCAUUAGUUGCUGAUCAACCUACAAAAGUACAAAAUGGCAUGAAAACAGAGUGCAUAAGAGAAGCGGACCUACUUUCUACCAGCAGUGCUACAAAUUCUAGUGUUACUGUGAACACAUUUCAUGAAUAUUGCCCUGUCCUCCUAUACAGUUUUGUAGCAAAAUCACAGUAUGAACAAGAUAAUGGUUGCAUUUAUGUACCAACACUGACAGAAUUUUCCACCAACACUACAGGACGUGAAAUUAGUUUGAAAGUAUGGCUCUGUGCUGUUGCAAGUGUUAUUGUCGUAAGUCUGUGUGGCCUGCUUGGUGUUGCUGUAAUUCCCUUCAUGGAACGUGCAUUUUACCAGCAGAUGCUUCAGUUCCUUGUUGCACUGGCCAUUGGAACACUGUGUGGUGAUGCCCUCUUGCAUCUCUUGCCUCAUGCUAUUGCUGGAGAACAUGAUGAUGAUGAAAGUGAGCAUCAUUCUGAACAUGACCAUCAUUCUGAAGAUAUGGUCUUAAAGGGCCUGGUUGCAGUUUUGGGAAUUAUCUUAUUUUUUUUCACUGAAAAGUUCCUUACUGUAGUUGCAGAAUAUCACAAACGACGACAGAAAAAGAGGGAGGCACCUCCAACAGUACGCGUCGUGCAAGAUUGUGAGGGAAUACGGACACCUUCUGUUGGAGAGAAAUUGUGCAAACAUAAAUAUAGCUCAUCACCAUACUGCUAUGACGAAAUUACAGAAAUGUCAGAAGCGCAUAAAAAGAUGAACAACCCUGAUAACAUUUCGAAGAAAAAUAGAGAUUUAAACCUGAACCAGAACAAUCACUGCCAUACUUACGGAGAAGAUGAAGAGGAAGAAGAAGAAGAGGAGGAGUUUGAUCAUCAAAUGAGUUCUGUAAAUUGUAGUGGUGAGAUGGCCCUCCGUCCCAGCACAUCGAGUGCUUCUAAUGAAGCUGUAAACAGAGAUGGUCAACUUAGUUCUCACAACAAAGAAGACGAGAAAUAUAUCGUAAUAAUAAGAGAGCAUCAGAAUUCUCACCAUGGGCAUUCACAUACUCAUGGACAUGUACAUUCACCACCAAAGACAAUGUCAUCAGUUGUAUGGAUGGUGGUUAUGGGUGAUGGCCUCCACAAUUUUACAGAUGGUGUAGCCAUAGGUGCUGCAUUUGCUGCCAAUAUAGGUGGUGGCUUUUCAACGGCCAUCGCUGUCUUCUGCCAUGAGCUACCUCAUGAAUUAGGUGAUUUUGCUGUGCUGCUGAAAGCAGGGAUGAGUCCAAAGCAAGCAGUAUUUUACAAUUUAUUGUCAUCUAUCCUCUGUCUGUUCGGGAUGGUGAUUGGAUUGGUAUUAGGCCAGAAUUCGUCAGCCACCUCAUGGGUGUUUGCACUAGCAGGAGGACUUUUUUUGUACAUAGGCCUUGUUGACAUGAUUCCAGAGCUUACUAGCGGCCACUCGAAGGAGGGCGGCUCGUUGUGCCAGUGCCUCCUGCAGUUCCUCGGCCUGCUGGUUGGUGUUGGAAUCAUGCUCUUAAUUGCUCUUUAUGAGCAUGAUAUUAAGACUGUCUUCAAAACUUAACGAAAAUAUUUUAAUAUUUCAUGGCAGCUGCUACUGAAGUCCCAUAUUUUAAAAUUUGUUGUUCUCUGUCAGUGAUAGUAGUUGAUUUUUAAGAUGUCUAUUAAUUUGAGUAUAAAAAUGUGUGGCAGCAUAUUGUCUGAUCCAUUCUGUGUGUGCUCAACAAAAAUCAUAAUUUAAUGAAACUGCCCUCUCAGCUUAUGUAUUUCUCUUUAAUGGAAAAAAAUGAAAUGUCGUGUGGCUAGGGCCUCCCGUCGGGUAGACCGUUCGCCUGGUGCAGGUCUUUCGAUUUGACGCCACUUCGGCGACCUGCGCGUCGAUGGGGAUGAAAUGAUGAUG